CAGAGGAGCGCUCAGUCCAGGCCAGCUCUCUCCUCCCUGGCGGCUCUGGGAUGGAUGCGUGUCUGCGCUCAGGGCAGCAGCCCCAGUCCGUGGACGAGGCACCGAGACCCCCGGAUGAAGAGGGUCUACAGACAGACGGCAGCAGCGGACCCCCGGGAGAUUCUAACAAGAUAGAACCAUCGCUUCAAAGCCUCCAGAAAUUCGUUCCUAUGAAUUACGCCAGCUACACCCAGGAGUACUAUUGGUUUGCAGGCAAGAGGAUUGUCAUUCAAGAAUCGAUCGAGAGUUACGGAGCGGUGGUGUGGCCAGGGGCCAUGGCUUUGUGCCAGUAUUUGGAGGAACACGCAGAGGAACUUGGUCUCCAAGGAGCUAAGAUGCUCGAAAUCGGUGCUGGACCAGGCCUCGUUUCCAUCGUGGCCAGUAUUCUAGGAGCUCAAGUCACAGCAACGGAUUUGCCUGACGUCCUAGGGAACCUUCAAUACAAUCUUUUAAGGAACACACUAAACCAUACAGCACAUCUGCCUGAAGUGAAAGAGCUGGUGUGGGGAGAGGGCCUGGAACAGAACUUCCCCAAGUCCACAUGUUACUAUGAUUACUUGCUGGCUUCUGACGUGGUCUACCACCAUUAUUUCCUGGACAAGCUGCUUGCCACCAUGGCGUACCUCUGCCAGCCGGGAACAGUGUUGCUUUGGGCAAACAAGUUCAGAUUCAGCACCGAUUAUGAAUUUUUAGAUAAAUUCAAGCAGGUUUUUGACACAACACUCUUGGCUGAAUUUCAAGAGUCAUCAAUCAAACUUUUUAAAGGAGUGCUAAAAUGGGACUAAAUUAAACAAGAUACCUUUC